UGAAAAAUGCGCAGAUAAAAUUGCGUCAUCUUCUGAAAGCAACAAAUGGAAUUAUCUUUUAACCUCUUCAACAUUUGCCAUGUUUGUUGCCACGUUCAUCUUUACUGCCAUUUUACUAAGAUACUUUACCGGUCCCGAUUGUCAAUCAAACAAUUUUGUCAUAAUAUCCAAUAUUGUCCUAUGUUUUAUUGCAAUACUUCUUUCUAUUCAUCCGGCUAUAAAAAAAGCGAACCCUAACUCGGGACUUUCUCAAGCUUCAAUGGUGGUACUAUAUUGUACAUAUCUUAUAAUGAACGCCAUAGUGAAUGAACCAUUUGAAAGUCAUGUGUGUAAUCCAUUGGCAAGUAACCAUCGGGCCCGUAAAGCUACCAUCGCCAUUGGGGCGAUAUUUACAUUUAUAGCC